GCGCCGCUCCUCGGAGGCGGCAGGGUCUCCGGGAACGACCGUCUCGGGACGGCGUUUGAUCUCGUCGAACAAAUGCACUAUCUCUACGUCCGGGUUGUGAAGGCCAAGGAGUUGCCGCCUAAGGACGACGACAGUUCCGACGACGGUCCACAACCCUUCGUCGAGGUGAAGAUCGGAAACUUCAAGGAGACGACUCGGCAUUUCGAGAAGAAACCCGAUCCCGAGUGGAACCAGGUUUUCUCCAUCCUCAAGGAGCACAUUCAGUCCCCCGUCGUCGAGAUCGCCGUGAGAGAUAAAGACAAAAGCCAAGAAGAUUCCGAUCUGAUCGGAGCCGUCACGUUCGACGUUCUUGAGGUUCCCACUAGGGUUCCUCCCGACAGUCCCCUGGCCCCGCAAUGGUACCGGUUGGAGAACAACGCGGGAGGGAGGGCGCGUGGCGAGGUGAUGCUGGCCGUCUGGAUCGGAACCCAAGCCGACGAGGCCUUCCCGGAGGCCUGCAGCAUGGAAGUCUCCGCCACCACCGCCGCCGCGGCUCCUCCUCCGACUUCUGUAAGUCUUGCCAAUAUCAAGUCUAAGGUUUACUUGUCCCCCCGGCUAUGGUAUCUGAGAGUAAAUGUCAUUGAGGCCAAGGAGUUACCCUUUGGUGAGAAGAACAGACAAAACCCUGAAAUCUUUGUUAAGGUUUCUCUCGGGAAUGUGGUUUUGAGGACUAAGAUGUCUGUCACUAAGACGGCGAACCCGGUCUGGAACGAGGACUUGAUGUUCGUCGUGGCCGAACCGUUCGACGAGGAACUGGUUGUGUCUGUGGAGGAUAAGGUGGGAGGAAACAAGGAGGAAGUUCUCGGGAAAUGUGUCGUCCCUUUGCAAACGGUGGAGAAGAGGGUGGACUUUAGGGUUCCGACCGGCAGGUGGUGUGCCCUGGAGAAGCUUGUGCCGGCGGGGGAGAACGGGGAGAUGGUGAAUGUGAUCAAAACGAAUUGUAGGGUUCAUCUGAGGUUGUCGUUCGAUGGCGGGUACCAUGUUCUCGACGAGUUGACUCAGUACAGUAGCGAUUUCAAGGCCACCGCUAGACAGCUUUCCAAGCCGUCUAUCGGCGUUCUUGAACUCGGGGUCCUGAGCGCUCAGGACUUGGCACCAAUGAAGCAAAAGGAUGGCCGCGGGAGGACGGACUCGUACUGCGUGGCCAAGUACGGGCCCAAGUGGAUCCGUACUCGGACGGUUCUCAACAGUCUGAACCCCAAAUGGAACGAGCAGUACACUUGGGACGUGUUCGAUCCUUGCACUGUCAUCACAAUCGCGGUUUUCGAUAACAACCACUUGCCAGAAGUCGCGACGAAUAACNGUCUUGUCCCCAAAUGGGGUGAGGAAGAUCGGGGAAAUCCAGCUGGCUGUGCGGUCGAGAGCCUGAGGCAUCAGGCCACCCACAUCAUAUCGACGAGGAUGGCCCGAGCCGAGCCACCGCUCAGAAGGGAAGCGGUGGAGUACAUGCUCGACGUGGGGUCGAACAUGUGGAGCGUCAGGAAGAGCAAGGCGAACUACCUCCGGAUCGCCACGCUCCUGUCGAGCGUGGCGUCCGUCUGGGUCAUGUUCGACCGCGUCUGUGCCUGGCACAAUCCUGUCGUCAGCGUGCUGGCCCACGUCUUGUUCUUGAUGUUGGUGUGUUUCCCGCGGCUCAUUCUGAGUUCGGUUUUCCUGUGCCUCUUCGUCUUCGGGGUGUGCAAGUACAGGGGCAGGCCGAAGCACCCGCCCCACAUGAACAUCGCCAUGUCCCAGGCGGACAGGGCCCACACAGACGAGCUGGACGAGGAGUUCGACAACUUCCCCAGCUCGAAGAGCGGGGACGUGCUGAAGAUGCGGUACGAUCGUCUGAGGAGCAUCGCGUCGAGGCUGCAGACGCUGGCGGGCGACGUGGCGACGCAGGGGGAGAGGUUCGGGAGCCUGCUGAGCUGGCGUGAUCCUAGGGCCACGAUGGUGUUCCUCGUUUUCUGUUUGGUUGCUUGCGUGGUGUUCUACGUGGUCCCUUUUAGGGUUUUUGUUGUGGGGAUGGGGUUUUAUGUGAUGAGGCACCCCAGGUUCAGGGAGAAGAAGAUGCCAGGUGUCGUCAUCAGCUUCUUCCGCAGGCUGCCCGCCAAAUCCGACUCCUUGUUGUGACUCCCUGCAGAUUUAACUAUUAAUGGUUUUAUUUGAGUACUUAUUUUGAGUGUGAUCACCUGAAAGCACUUGAGAUGUGUUAAAGUUCACUUUUUUUGUUCUGGAAAAUAAGUACAGUAUUAUGAUUUUCAUUAAUGGCAUUCUUUUCUUUUUUCAUUAAGAGAAGAAAAUAUGUUUGUUGUG